GCUGGAAAGACAGGAAGGAGCUGGCUGGAAGAGACCUGACACAGAUUGGGCAGAUUCCAGAGAAACAAGGCACCGGCAUGCAGAUUGACAAAGGACAGUCUCGUUUUCUGGUCCCUGGUCUGCUUUGGCAAGAGCUUUAGCGGGCGUCUGUUUUUUGUAGGCACACACAUGUGUACUAAAGUGAACUAGUUUCCCUUCCUCCAUCGUUCCCUCUCCUCACCGUAACUUAUCUUGAGAGUAAAUGUUGCUGAAAGUGUUUACCGUAAUUAGAGCAACCAGAUCCACUGAGAUUCCACUUUCUGUCCAAACCUUUAGAGAGAACCUUGAUAGGAUCAGCCUCUUCUACUGACCUAGCUAGAGAUGGGACAAUCUUGAGCUGAGAUAUGGUGGAUUUGAGAACCAGAGAAGAAGAGAAAAUGGCUGAAGAGGAGAGGGCAGUGGGACUCCCAAGUCUGGAAAUGAAGAAGCAGAACCCCCUAGGAUCCAAAGCAUGGGAGGUGAAAAAGAGGAGCCCUCAGGUGCUGGGGACUCUGGAGAAGGAGGCUGUGAAUUCCUCCCAGGCAGGCCAGGUGUCAUCUGACUCUUGGAAUGGGGAAUUUGUCAGGGCAGUCAAGAGCAAGCUGGAGGAAGAUGUGAGUUCUGUGGGUGAUGUGCAUGCACAUGAGAAUAAGAGGAUGGACCUUCCAGAGGAAAGUGCUGAGCAAGUGGAAGCAAAAAGCAGCAACACUCUCCAGUAUUACCAGAAGGAAGCAAGGCUGGAGGAUCAGAAGGCAUUGGAUCGCAGGAAGGGAAAUGGUCUAGGGAAGUGUACAGAGGAAGCUGCUUUCUGUUGCGAAGGUGCUUUGGAUACAGAAGAAGCCAAAGAUAAUGCUGGUGGAGAAUCAAAAAGGGAUUCAGACGUCAAAAGAAGCUUCCAACAUGGCUCGGAUUGUCUUAAACGCCACAUGGUGCAUACAGGAGAGAAGCUGUAUAAGUGUUCUGAGUGUGGGAAAAGCUUUAGCCGAAGCACCAACCUUUUGGUCCAUGAAAGAACCCACACGGGAGAGAAACCCUACGAGUGCUCCGACUGUGGGAGAAGCUUCACGCACAGCUCCAACCUUAGGGCACAUGAGAAAAUCCACUCAGGAGCCAAGCCAUACAUAUGUGCAGUCUGUGGGCAGACCUUCUAUCACAGCUCCAGCUUGACAGCGCACGAGAGAAUCCACACAGGGGAGAAUGUGCACAGAUGCCCGCACUGUGAGAAAGUCUUCACCCGUAGCUCAGUCUUCAGGAAACAUGUGAGAAUCCACACAGGAGAGAAACCAUUCAAGUGCUCAGACUGUGGGAAAAGUUUCUCUCAGAGAUGCAAUCUUCUCAUCCACGAGAAGACCCACACGGGAGAGAGACCUUUUCAGUGUCCCAACUGUGGGAGGAGCUUCAGCCGGAAAUGUGACCUCAUUGCGCAUGAGAGAAUCCACACCGAGGAAGACCCCUAUAAGUGCUCACAUUGUGGGAAAAGUUUCUCCCAGAAGUCCAACCUGGUGAUACAUGAGAGGAUCCACACAGAUGAGAAUCCUUAUCCGUGCUCUCACUGUGGGAAACGCUUCCGUCAGAAGGGAAACCUGAUGAUCCACAUGCGAAUCCACACGGGAGAGAAGCCCUACCAAUGUACAGACUGCGGGAAAAGAUUCAGUCAGAAGGGCAGCCUCACUUCACAUGAGAGAACCCACUCGAGAGGGAAAAGGACAAAACUGGGGUCAAAACUGGGGUGAUCAAGAUCAGAGCGGGGUGGGAGGUAAGCUGCAGUUGUAUGGAUCAGAUAUAGUUUCCCACGGUGUUGCAAGGAAUUCUGAGUACUUCAGAAGCUUUUCCAGGAUCCUCAAUGAGAAAAUCAGCCGCUGCAGACAAGCUUCCCUGAAAGAGAAUGUGUCCACUGUUGUUAAUCUCCAACAGAUUAUCUGUUGUUAAUCUCCAAUCUGUUGUUAAUCUCCAACCCAAGUUAUUGUGGUGCUUGAGGCGAGACACAAAAUGCUCUUUCCCCAAUGCGGAGCAGCCCCCUUUCAAAAGCAUCCCUCACAAGCUUUGGAAGUGCAUGCGAACCAAGGAUGGUUGCCAGCAGCCUCCUCUUCUCUCGUAAGCUUUGCAAGGAAUGUGAGGAGAGGUGCUCUUUGCAAAGGUUGCAAGGGUAAGAUUGGUCCCAAAGAACUGCUCUGAUGGUGGUGGCGGGAGAGGGAACAUCUGACCUCCCUGAUGGUGCCCCAAUGAUCUGCCUGAGGCAACUGCCUCAUCUUGCCUCACGAAAGGGCCGCCCCACUAAUCUCUCCCUGCAACAUGUAGGUACAGGAGAGUGUUUGGGGUUUUUUUUUUCCUGGUUCAUGAGCAGGAGGAGACAACAGUGAGGCCCAAGAGGUCUUCCCAGAGCUUUGAAUGAAUUGAGCUUGUACCCUAGAAUGUCCCCUGGAAUCUGACAGAAUUCAUUAUCAGGGAAUCAGGUUCUAUAUAUCUCUAGUACCAUUUGAACUGGGUGACUAUUAUAGAACACGAUGAGCAGUGUUCUCUGUAACUACAACUCCCAUCAUCCCCAGCUGCAAUGGCCUUUGUUGAUGAGUCCUAUUGGACCAGACCAAACAAUAAUUUUGUCCAGCAUCCAGUUUUUUCCAGAAGCAAUCAGAUGCCUCGAGGAAGCUCACUAGCAGAGCAUGAAGGCAAUACCCCUCUUCUGCUGUUGUGCCCCAGCAGUUUGUAUUCAAAGUUAUACUGUUCCUGAACAUGGCUAGGUCUAGCCUAUGUGAAUCUGUCCAGUCCUUGCUUAAAGCCAUUGAAGGCAGUGGUCACCACCACAUCUUGUGGCACUGAGUUCUGUAAGCUAAUUAUGUGUUAUAUGAAGAAGUUACUUCCUUCUGUUCUCUUUGCCUUUCACUAGACAGAAGCAUGGUGCACAUGUGUGUGUUUUAGAAAUAAUGCUUUUUCUUUAGCACACCUGUUAAGAUACAUUCCUCAUUUCUGUCUUACAAUUCCAUAGCCACCACAACAAGGAAGUGUAGCAGAUACAUCUGGAGGCAGUGAAGGGGAGGGGCCCAGAAUUGAAAGAGCUCCUGGCAACAGUUGCUACGGGAACUACAAUGUUGGGGUAGAAAGGGGCAGUUCAGAAAGGAUGGUUGGGGAGAGAAGAAAGGAGGGAUGAAAUGUAAAAUGAGUGACGGAAAAGAGAUAGUAGAACUGAGACUUUGACAAAUGGAUGGAGCCAUGCACUGCUGGCUAAAAGCAAGGAGCAGAGAGUUGAAGACAGAAGAGGAGAGAACCUCCACUUCGUGGGACAGAAUGACUGUGAGAUCUAGGAGCCUGCAAUGUAGACAAGCGUGGUGGGAACUUCAACUUGUCAGGCCACCUGGUAUGGGUAACACUGCAGCAAUGAACAAAAUCCCUGUUAUCUAAAUUAGUGAUAUAUUGUGAAGUGGAAAGGGAGGGUCAAUUGUUUAGGAGAAUUUUAGCUGUUUGCUUUAAUUUACUAUUCUUUCUUUCUUUUCUUUGAUAAAAGUUUGACUUUGGGUUUUUUCUUUCUCCCAUGUCCAAGCGGGUUGUGGCUUGUACUGGCCACAGAAAGAAGGCCUGGGUGUUUUCUUAUUUAUUCAGUCUUCGCUUUUAAUAAAAGUUUUUUUCUCCCA